AAACGUCAACGCGUGCCAUCUCUUUCAGGUUCUUUUUCCGGUCGGCCAUCAGUGCCAGUGAAACGCAUUUCACUAAGCCAUUAUGGGUAAGAUUAUGAAAACUGGAAAGGUGGUACUCGUCCUUGGUGGACGGUACGCCGGUCGCAAGGCAAUCAUCAUGAAGACGUUCGAUGACGGUACGUCGGACAAGCAGUUCGGCCAGGCUCUGGUUGCCGGCAUCGACCGCUACCCACGGCGCGUGACGCGAACGAUGAGCAAGGAUCGUAUCCACAAGCGUUGCAAGAUCAAGCCAUUCAUCAAGAUGCUGAACUACAACCAUCUGAUGCCGACGCGUUACAGCGUGCCGGACGUGAGCCUGGAUAGCAAAUACACCGCUGCCGACAUGAAGGAUCCGGCCAAGCGGAAGAAGGCUCGCAACCAGAUCCGUUGCAAGUUCGAGGAGCGACACAAGACCGGCAAGAACAAGUGGUUCUUCCAGAAGCUCCGUUUCUAAGCAACUACUUUACAAAGACUCCGACACACAACCGCUCUCGGCAGUGAUGUGGAACUGGGUGGGCGAAUGAUAAGAAGUAGGGUAGUACGAGUUUAUACAUUCGAUCUGCGCGCGACGUGUGAUUUUCGACCGCGGCCUCUGUGAUGUGUGUGAGGUGCCGUGUGCGAUCAGGAGAAGAUCCGAGUUGUGUAGUGUGUGUUACUGUGUUAAGAAAAGCGAUCGCAUGUUGUGCCACACACAGCAUGAAAACAUCGAGCAUUUCAGCGAUGCUACACAUCCUAAUUGUAGCGCGGGUAUGCGCAUCGUCUUGGCAGAAUGGAACCGGUAGCGACUGGAAGAACAACAACAUUCAUCAGUUUCUGCUCCGUCGGUCGGAAGGAACAACUCGUUUAGAUACAGAAUAAAUUCGUGUAAUCUACUUGGAAAAAGGAAACGG